GGUGCCUGGAAAUUCAACAGGCUGUAACAUAUUUUUAUCUGCAAGUUUCCAUUUGCAGAAAGCCAUUAAGGAUAAUCUUACAAAAUUGAAGCAGCACAGCACAACAGCAGCAGGGCUGUGUAAUUCCUCUGUAGGCAUUAAAAAAGAGCAAUUUCAGUCAUGUCGCUCCCAGCUGAGAGGGGGAGAUGUGCCCCAUAUGGGAACUAUAUUUGCCACACGUUUCAGGGAGGGAGCUGGGCAGACCGAUCCCCUCUCCAUGAUGCUGCCUUCCAAGGACGCCUUCUUUCUCUGAAAACCUUGAUUGCACAGGGUUUCAACGUGAACCUGGUGACCACAGACCGGGUGUCAGCUCUGCACGAGGCCUGCCUGGGGGGCCACGUGGCCUGUGCCAAGGUGCUGCUGGAAAACGGGGCCCAGGUGAACGCAGCCACCAUCGAUGGGGUGACUCCUCUGUUCAACGCCUGCUGCAGUGGCAGCGCCGCCUGUGUCAGCAUGCUGCUGGAAUUCGGGGCCAAGGCACAGCUGGGGAGCCACCUGCCCUCGCCCAUCCACGAAGCAGUCAAGAGAGGGCACAGGGAGUGCAUGGAGACCCUCCUGGCCCAUGAGGUUGACAUUGACCAAGAAGACCCUCAGCACGGCAGCCCUCUCUACAUGGCCUGCACGUACCAGAGGACAGAAUGUGUCAAGAAGCUUUUGGAGCUAGGAGCCAGUGUGAACGUGGGGAAGAGACUGGACACCCCCCUGCACGCAGCAGCGAGGAAAUCCAGUGUGGAGAUAGUUGUCCUGCUGGCAGACUAUGGUGCUAACCCAAAAUGCAGAAAUGCUGACCUCAAAUGUGCCCUGGAUCUUGCCACACCCCACAGCAAAGUGGAGCAGGCGCUUCUGCUUCGGGAAGGUCCUGCCAGCCUCGCCCAGCUGUGCCGGUUGUGCAUCAGGCGGCGUCUGGGUCGCUCCUGCCUUUACACAGUGCACAGGCUGCACCUGCCCGAGCCACUGGAGAACUUCCUCCUGUACCGAUAGGGCUGGGCCUGCCCGCAGACUGCAAAAGAAACAGGAACAAAUGGCUCUUUACUCCGAGAUUAUUGUAGCAAAGAAAAAAAUUCAAAGGCAUCUUUUACUGUCUUCUGUGGCCACCAAACAUUGGCUGCUAUGUGAAAAUUGAAAACUCCUUUUCACAGGCAGUGGAUGGUACUAUGGAUACAGUGCCCUCACAGUCUAUUGCCACAUCGACUUACACCAGCCUGGGAAGUUCCAUAAACAGCUCACUUAACACAUUUGUAGAUGCAUAUGCACAUGUCCACUCACCCACAUGCACACAGAGAUUUCCUCUGCAUUUAGGGCUAUGUUUAUUUGUGCAGUAUCUGUGCAGCGUCUUUCUUCCCUUUGUCUAUCCAAUCUCAAUGUCAAAAUCAAGGCAAUGGAUGUUUUUCUUCCAUUAGUAUGUGGAAAUGAAAGCUUUCGGUGAGGAGCAUCAGACAUACACAAUGUACUGCAUGUCUUCUAUCAGCUUUGAUUUUGCAUCCUUUCAUCUCCUUGCUGUUGUCUACUGGAGCCCUAUCAAUUUCCAGCAGUCUCUGGCUGCCCAGCCACUGUACAUCCCUGAGCACAGCUAUCCCCAGUGCUAACACAUCUUGUCCUUGGAGGUACAAGUGAUGUUAUGAAAGCAAGUGCAGGGUUUUCAAGUAGGCCCACAAAAAUGUGUCAAAGCCCUAAAAAACCUUUUCGUCUCUUCUAGGAAAAAAUCCCUCCAAAGUUAU